AUGAAGAUGGGUUUUGCAGGGUUCCAAGUUUUGAUGGUUUUGGGUCUGUUGGCCACAUCAUGCAUAGCCCAAGCCCCAGGAGCUGCACCCACAGCCUCACCCCCAACCGCAAAGUCGCCAACCGCAAAGUCGCCAACCGCCACCCCACCAACCGCCACACCGCCAUCAGCCGUACCAGUUCCAUCACCCAGCAAAACACCAACCGCGUCACCAACUCCAUCACCAGUGACAGCACCAACCCCAAGUGCCUCCCCACCAUCUUCCACACCAGCUUCCACCCCAGCUUCCACUCCAGCAGCUAAGUCUCCAUCGUCGUCAGCUGCUCCCUCAGGCUCAAGCCCGAACUCCCCACCGGCUGACGCUGUUCCUCCAAGUGGCACCUCCGCCAUCAGCCGCGUUGCUAUUGCUGGAACUGCUCUUGCUGGAGUUUUCUUCGCGAUUGUGUUGGCUUAGAUUCAUGGGCUUUGCUCUUUCGGGUUUUCCUAUUGGUCCACGUGGAGACUCACAUCUGCUCUUAGAUCUGGGUUUUGAUGGACGGUCGAGAUCUAUUAAUUUCUUUUUAUUUUGUUGCUUAUUUUCGUUAAUGUUUUUUGUAUUUUUGUUUAACUCUGUGUUUUCAUGCCAUAUGAUGAUUAUUGGUUUGGCAGUCUAUGGUGGAUUUGGACGGUCGUGAUGUGAUUAAUUAUGGUGAUUCAUUAUUUUAGAGUUGACAAGUGCACCCAUUUGUAGAUGAGUCGUUGGAUGUACAUCUGUCCGAUCAUAGUUUAAUAAAACAGUUUGUCAUUCUUUUU